CAGCAGAACAUUUUUAUUAGAAAUAGAAAGAGAAAGUGAUUUUCGAGACACAUCGAUGAUAAACGGAGGAAUGAACAUUUGGUCUGCGGGAAUGUCUGAAGCUGGCAGUGUAUGAGUGGACUGAUACGAUCGUCAAAAACGAAUCAACAUGGAUUUAUAUAAAUCCGGUCGGCAGUUUGUCUCCAACAUGUGGUCCCCUCCUGCCAUUAAGUACCAUGGCUUGGAAAACCAAGGGUCAACAUGUUACCUGAACAGUGUGCUGCAGGUGCUUUUUAUGACCAAAGACUUCAGAGACGCUGUGGAAGGGUACACCCGUGAUAAUCCUGACUCUGAGCAUAUCGAUCUUCAACUUGAAUCCCUGUUUGGUGACUUAAAAAGUUAUCCAGCGUACACCUAUAAGAUCACAAAGAAGCUGGGCAUCAACAAUGUUUAUGAACAGCAGGAUGCUGCUGAGUACUUUGAGAAGAUUUUAGCUAAGACCAGUGAUGAUGCAUCGAAGAUUUUUCACGGACAGCUGACCCACAAGACCACAUGUUCAUCAUGUGGUACCGAGACUGAUGCUGCUGGGCCAUUUUGGAAUCUUCCUCUUGCAUUGAUGGCUUCCUGCGGUCAGAACUUUAGCGUGGUGAAUGGCAUUGAGAAGUAUUUCAGAGAAUCGUCUCUCAAUGGAGAAAACCGGAUGUACUGCGAGAAAUGUGAUGACAAGUCUGAUGCCACUACUAAAUGUGUAAUAAAUCAUCAUCCAGAGGUUUUGAUGCUGCUGCUGAAGAGGUUUGAGUUUGACUACUAUUCUAUGAGAUAUGUCAAAAUCAACUGCACUGUGGACGUUCCCUGCACCCUACAGAUACCAGAGAAUCAGCCCUAUGAACUGUAUGCGAUGGUGGAACAUUUUGGAGAUCUCAGUAGUGGACAUUACAUUGCCAAAAUCAAACCUGAGGAUGAUGGGAGAUGGCACAGCUUCAAUGAUAGAUGUGUCACAGAGGCCAACUGCAAGCCAUUCCAGUUGGAUCAGGUUGAGAAAUCCGACAGCGCUUAUCUUCUGUUUUACAGGAAAAAUAAAGAUACUCAAGACACCAGAGAGGAGUCUACUCAGUGUCAGGAUGGGGUUGAGAAGACAGCAGGAGCAGGUUGUACCAAUGCAGUGGAUGUUUCCAUCGACAACAAUCUGGAAACAGGAUUUAGCAACUAUGUCAAUGACGAGUGUAGACGAUCAUCUUACCUCUCUAGUUCAGAGGAUCGGCCCAUUGGAGGUUAUAACAGUCCAAACAUUCAACAGGAGUGUAAUGAGGAAAGGAAAGACAUGAGGUAUCACCUUCAAGAUGACAAUGCAGAAAAACAGAGAGAUAAGGGGGAAAUGAUAGCUUCAGAUGAAGAAGCCAUGACAGGUAUUGCUGAGGCAGAGAACCAGACCAAAAAGACAGAAAUCUUAUCCAGAGAACUUGAAGAGAGUGUCGACGACCAGGGCAAGGACAGUGCAAGACCAGAUGAUGUUAGCCACAGGAAGUCACAGGAGGGUGAUGACAUACACAACACGUCAUGUCACGACUAUAAACAGGGAGUCAGCAACAUGCAUCCUCAAAAUGUUGACAUGCAAAAAGAUGAGGAACAAAUGGCCGUGGAAGGUCAUGAGGAUGGAAGGAUAAAAGAUGAUGCACAGUCAGAAAGGAGAGGAAUAGAUUACCCCAACAGGUUUCCAGAGCAUCAGUACCAUGAAGAAUUAUAUUAUGUUAAACAAGACAUGUAUAAAGAUAAGAUGGGCACACAGGAAGUUGAAGGAAAGGAUGUCCCCAAACCUGUUAUUAUAAGGUAUUAUAAUGAAGACAAGGAAAGAACAUCAGGGACAGGAAAGCUCUUGACCAAAUAUGACCUCUGCUAUGAAAGAGUUGGUGAUAGUAAACGGAGCAAAUCUAAAAUAAGCAGGUUGUAUCAAAGCCCUGAGCAACAGAGAGAGGAAAUGGAUGUGAAGGGAGACUUGGAGCAAGAGAGAGGGGGUGAUAAACAAGCACAAAGAAGAGAAACAUCAGAGAGACACCAACACUUCGGUCAGGAUCGAGACGAUCAUAUCUAUAGAAGAUCAGAUGCUGGACAGAGCAGUUCAGAGCAUUUUGCACAAACAACACAAACAGAUGUUCAUGUGACGGAAACACAAGAUGGAGAUAGAAUGGAAGGAAGGUUUGAUUCAGAGAAAGCACUUCAUCUUCACGAGAGAAUCCCUGCUGAGGAAAUAAGCAAGACCCAUAGUGGGGAUGAAAAAAGAAGUGAGAGGAGGAACAUGAUAGACGCUGGAGAAGGAACUUCACACGCACGCGUUAGUAGUUGUGUAGAAUAUGAUCGGGGUCAUUCUGAAAGACUCUCAGGUCCAAAAACAGAUGCAAAGGUCACAUUGCCAGAGAAAGUAAGCAAAUUAAAUCUGAAGGACUCCAGAACUAAAGGCAUGUCUGUGGCACAAGAACAAGCUGUUGGAGUAAAACAUGCAAAGAAAAUAAAAGGUGUGAAGAAAAUCAAAUUAAGGCGAAGCUCUUCCCCACUGAAGCAAAAGGGAAGCAAGAAAAAGAAACGUACUUUUGGGUGUUUUUCCUUUUUCCGGAAAGGGCGGAAAAAUGCAGACCAGACUUCAGAGUCAGAUUAAACAAAAUGCAGGACAACUCAAGUUGUUAUUUUACAAGAGGGCACGUCGUUGGGGUGCUCCACUCGUUUGUGUUUUUUUAUUGAUGCUUAUUGAUAAUCACAAUAUUGCAGUCUAAUCACAAAUAGUUAGCAAUCAGACAGAAUGGGAAGUGCUUUGAUAAAGUAGAUCUUUUAGUUUAAGUGUCUGAUGGUAGAACGUUUUGGUUGUUUAGUGUGGUUUAUUUUUCUUGUUUUGGAUCAUGAUAAAACAAUUAAAUAAUAAAGAGGAUUGUUUUAGAUCAAAGGGCUGAUUUAGGUUAAAUCUGUAAUAGAAAAUAACGUGAAUUAACUAAAGAAAAGUCAAGAAAAGGAAAAACAAGUUAUAUGUUUCAUUAUAAAUGUGUUUUUUGUUGCUCUUCUCAAUUUCCCCAAAUGUACAAAUUAUGCUUUGACAGAAAUAUUAAUCUUUAUUUCUAAAAAUGUUUAUUGUUCAGCGAAAAUGGCAAUCAAUGUAAUAUCUAAGGUGUUUACAGACAAGAGAUUCUAUGAAGAAAUACAAUUCAAAUGUACAUUUGUAAAUAAAUUGUUGUCAUUUGUAGGAAUUGCUGAUGAUUUAAACAAAUAAAACACAUGUGAAAGACAA